GUGAGAAUCGGAACGAAUGCAGGAUGGGAAGAACUCUGAUGGAGAAACCGUGGGUUUAGCCACAGCAAGAGCUUUGCUCGCGUUCUCAACCCUUUUCUCUGUUCAUUCACUCCGUCUUCUCCAGCACAAGUCCACGCGCAACUCUGAAGUAGCCCCCUCCGUCGGAUUCUCUGGCACACGGUGUCUCUCCGUUUCUUUUUCGUGGGAGUUGCUCGUGCUCCUGUUUUUCUCUUUUACGUCCAUUUCUUCCACUUUCCGUCCCAAGUAGCGGACAAACUCUACCUGUUCUGUUUUGCCGGCUCCACCACACUCUCUAGUUUCUAUUUCUUUCCUUGCUGGAAAAACACCGUCACCCGGUGCUGGGAACUUGCCAACUUCCGUCGGCGCCUCUGCGUGGUUCUUUCUAUCUGGGACUUUUUUUCGUGCAUUUCCCUUUUCGUUCUCUCCCCGAAACGGUCAUCCAAUAGCGCGUACCUCGUUGUCAAGCUCUGCCGUACAUGCACGUCUUUCAGUCGCUUUCCGGUGGUGGCAUUCAUUCCUGCCUGCGGUGUUUUUUCUCGUGCAGGGCCCGUUGCAACCUUGUCCUUUUUCCCAGUGGCGCCUUAGCAACUCCAGUUGCGUGCAGUUUUUCUGAUUCCAAGGCAAGGCAUGUCCGCACGCAGUGCACUUUUACCGCGUUGCCUCUGCCACGGUUUCCCCUCAGGCCACACUUUUUUAGUCUUCACGUGACUCGCUGUCAAAUUUUGAAUUCUCCCCGCCCUUUUUCGUCGUCUCUCCCCGUCUGCCUCUUCGACCACACGCGUUCCCGGAAAGGCCGUGGGUUUCCAAGUUCGGCAGAGAGACCAGCUCUGCGGCGGUCCGUUGCAUGCGGCCGAUCGGUCUCUUCUUCACGGGCUUCUCGUCCAGAGCCCAGUAAAAAACAUGGAGGAAGAAGAGGCGCCGCCGGAGGGACGGGAGACUCCGUGCGGCGGAGCGGGAGAACUCAAGUUCGAGAGCGCUGUGGUGCAUGCGUCGGUGCUUGAGAGUGAAGGCGGGGAGGACAGAGAGGAAGAAGAAAGAGAAGUUGAGUACGGCACAGGCCUUCACGAGGGCCGGCUAUCGCCGGGCCAAGAUCAGGGAGAGGUGCUCGACGAAGGUGGUGACGCGGACUUUGCCGACCCGGAAGACGAGGAGAAACUCGAUUUCAGCAACGAAGAGCCGCGGGACGAAGGCGAGCUUUCUCUUGACGCGCAACCUUUGUCGGGAGGCGAAGAAGAGCUGGAGGGCGCGCAGGAAGACGCAGGGCUCGACGGAGGCGACGGUGACCCCGAGUCCACUUCCGGGGACGCGGAGCCCCCGCCACACUCCCAGGAGGAGGCCUCGUCGACGCUCCCAGACACGGGCGAGGGCAGAGACGGUGGGUUUCUGCGAGGCUCUAAGAGACGCGCUCGUUCGUCGGCCAGCUCGCCGCGGUCGGUGGUCUCUGCUGAGCGCGUCUCGGCGGCGCUCGCCGAGAUCGCCAAUCUCUGUGAGCCCGACAGCGACGAAGAAGGCGAGAUCAGCGAAGACGAAGUCCCCUUCUGUCGGGUGACCCCGCAGAACCCCUCGUUUCGGUCUCGGACUCUCGAGUUCCUCAAUCUCCCCCCCAACCUUACCCACAUUGCUCUUCAGGAAGCACUGAGUCGCGUCGGAGAAGUCGAGGAGGUCGUCAGCUCGCGCUUCGCGAGUGGCCAACCAGACGCCGGCCAAGGGAGCGACUCCUCCCGGCGAAGGGCUAGCUGGCUUGUGCGCUUCAGACGCGCGGACGACGCGGCUGCGGUCAGAAAGAGUUUCGACGGAAAGGUCUUCGGCAAGUGCAUGGUUCAGGUGCUCUUCGCUCGAGACACUUCUCGAAAUGCGCAGAACCGCAGAGACAACAACCUGUUGAGUCCCGACGGCGCGUCUGGAAAGAGACAGCUCGGUAAAGGCGCCGCGGGCGCGAACGCCGGAAACGUCCAGAACCUCCGCGGGCGCCAGUCCCCGCCGGCCCCAGGAGCCUCUGGCCCGGGAACUGGAGCUCAAGGCCCCGGCGUGGGAGGGGCGGUCGCCGGCUGCAUGGGCCCCGGCUCGGGGGCAGGUGGCGGGCCUCCACCCGUGGGCGUGGCGGGCCUGCCUGCCGGUCCCGGCGUUCGCUCGCCCCUAGGGCCUCCCCCGCCCUUCCCGCCGCGCCCCGGCGGGGCGCAGGGGCCUGUGGGGCCGCCGAUGGGCGGGCCUUUGCCGCCGCCCAUCGUCGGUGGGCCCUUGGGGCUGCCUCGCGCGGGCUUCGGCGGGCCAAUGGGACUGGGCGGGCCGCCACCGCCUCCCCCGCCUCCGGCUCCCAUGAUGGGCCGCGGGGGCCAGAGUGGGCCUUGCUGUCCUCCGCCGCCGCCCCCCCAGCAGCCCGGGCCUGGCGGAGUCGCAGAUGGGAGGCCAGGAGGCGGAAAGGCUGUCUUGCGUCCGCGGCCAGAUGCCGCAGGCGUACAAGGCCGAGAGGUCGACGCUGUUGGUGCAGGCCAGGGCACAGGAGACGCCAAAGUGCGGUUGACACCCCGAGAGGAAGGCCCGCCAACGGGCGAGCACGCUGGCGAGGAGACGAAGGGCGAGGCGGCGAGAGAGACAGGAAAGGUCGGAGGGCGACGCUUUGCCGCGGGCGCCACUGGCAAGGUGGGAGUCGGCGGCGUGGCUGGCUCUCGAGAGCGACUGACGGCAGAGCAGAGGCUCGAGCGCCCUGUCUCUUUUUGGAGAGAGAAGAUGACGAUUGAGGAGCAAAUGAAUGACUACAGAGAGCUCUGGAAGAAAUUCGGCUAUACGAAUCGGUAUUUGUUGCUGAGCAACAUUCCGCAGUCACUGUUGAGCAUGGAGGCGAUGACGGCCUGGCUUCAGACGACCACGGGCGAGUCCGACUUUGAUUUGGAGUUCAUCCCUCCCCUACCCAGAGCUACGGAGAACGAAGAAGAGAGUCGAGCCUCGGCGCUCUGCGCCCAGAGCCGGGAAGCCUCGGACGGGGGCGACAGGGACGGAGACCUUCGCCUGGAGGGCGAACACGAGAAGGGCGAGGGUGAGAGUGAAGAGCGAGGAGGCGUGGAAGACGAAGGCGCCACCACGCCGCACUCUGAAGCGGCCGAGGAGAGCGGGGUGCCAGAGGAAGAAGCUGACAUGCAUUCCGGCGAGGGUCAAGACGGUGAGGAAGGCGACGAGGGCAGAGAGCAGGAAGAUGAUGACAGAGAGCAGGACGACGAGGACGGAGAGCAGGAAGACGAAGACAGGGAGCAGGAAGAGGAUCUGGAGAAGCCGGAAGAAGAGCACGCGGAACACCUUGGAGACGAGGAGAGCCACGAGAGGGACGGCGAGGACAAGGACGGAGAGGAGAAAGGACAGAAAGUUGCCGAAGACAAGUUCCAGGGUGGAGACGCGAGUCUGGAUCGGGACAGCAGUGAGCCCGAGGUUGCAGGCGACGGGAGUGAACCCCAGGAAGGUGACCUUGCUACGUUGAGCGGGGGCGCUGCAGACACAGCAGGAUCCGCGGGGGAAGAAGACGAGUCUCUCCCCACCGGUUUGGAAACGGAGAUGGAGACGGGCGUCGAGAAGAGAGAGACGGACGAAGUCAAGAAGGAAAUAAAGGACGAAGGCGACGGGACUGCGGAUGCCUUGGUGGCAGCCGUAAAGGAAGAAAAAGACGAGAAGCUUCAGCUGGAGACAGAAGUCAAGGAAGCUACCGGCCCCGCGGCGGCAGGACCUGAAGUCGUCGCUCACAUCACGUACAGGACAAAGAAGGCAUGCAUGGCUGCACAGAAGAAACUGGAAGUGAAUGAGAUCGGGAUCGAGAUCGAACCGGCUGGCCCACGCAAACCGAACAGCGUUCUCUGGCUAGGCAAUGUCCGAGAGUUCAUGUGCAAGAAGCCUGAACAAGAUCGCCUGAGGAGCCUGUUCGAGCACUUUGGGGAAGUCGUCCGUUUCCGCCUGCUGGCGGAGAAGACGUGUGGCUUUGUCCACUAUCGAAGAACGCGGGACGCAGUCAAAGCCCGCAACCACCUUUACGGUCUCCUUGUGGGGCGGGAAAUUUACCUGAACGUGGAUUUCUCUCCACUCGACCCGAAUGCGUCGCAUGCGUCGACGGGAGGCGACGGCUCUGGAGCCCAAGCAGCGGUGGCGAACCGCAGAAACCGUCACGCUCGCUCUCGCAGUCCGUCGGCCUCGUCUCGCUUCCGCACCGGAUCCUCGCGUCGAGGGCAGGCGGCCACUGCAGCGGGAAGCGGCAGCGCCGCCUUCGCACCCGCAGGGCCCUCUGGAGACCCGCGCCACCUCAAUCCCUCCACGGGGCAGCGCCACACUGGGGGAAUGAGCCAAGGGGGCGUCCCGCCGCCUUCGCCGGCGUCUGGCGGAGGGGGACCCGUGGCCUGCAGAGGCCAGCAGUUCCAAGGCCUCAGGUCGAUGGACGGGCCCCCGGGGCCGCCUGGCCCGUCGGCGGGUGGCCCCAACGGGCCUGGGUCCAUUCCGCCGCCCCCAGGCUGCCCGUGGGGCGGUGGGUCUGCGCCCCAGGGUUCGAAGCGCCCAGGCGCAAAUGCAGGGCUUCAGGGAAGCCAGCAGGGCGAGGGCUUCUCUGGAAACGCGCCUUUUCCACCUUCGCGGCACCCGCUCCCUCCGCCCCCCGGGUCUCCGUACAACAUGCCUGCGAACGCAGGGCCGGGUGUGUUGGCUCCUGGCGGGGCAGUGGGUCCACAUGGUGCAGGUGCGUCUCUCCACUUUGGAGGCGUGUGGCCGCAUGCAGAGGGAAUGGCGGCUUCGGGGCAUUUGAGGAAAGACGCGAAAGGUGGAGGCAUGCUGUUGGAGGGGCCUGGCGUGGCGACGCUGGGCCCUGGGAACCGCGGGGGGCGCGGGCGCGGGGGUAGGGGCCUCGCCUUUCAAGGGAACCUCUCGGGCGCAGGUCACGCGCCCCCCGGGGAAGCAGGGCCGGAGGGUCACCUGGGGCGAGGGAGACAGAGAAGGAGAAAGGACCGAGGGCUUGGCAACGAGGACGGCAGCAGCAGCGAGAGCGAUCAGGAGGAUGGCGACCGAACCGAGGAGUCCGGCCACGGAAAGCGACGAAGAAACUCGGGCGAUCGCGGGCGCAGGCACCGGAAGGAUGAGAGACGAGGCGACAAAGACAAAGAAGACUCGUUGCUCGGCCUCAUCCGCGAGCGGCUGCGCGAGAGGGCGGCGGCCUCCGUUGGCAGCGGUGGCUUCGGUCGCGGACAAGACGAGGAAGGGACGAACAGCGGGGUGCAGCCCCACACGACAGGACGGAAGGCAGACGGGUCUUCUUCCGACCCGCUUAUGGACCUGCUUCGCGGAGACCCAAGUCUGCUCGAUUCCAUGAUCCUGGACCUCGCAAAGGAACGACUGAAGGCAGAGUUGUUUUCGAAGGCAGACGGUCCGUCUGCGUCGGGCACGCAUGCAGCCCGGCCCUUGCGGGAGCCUGGAAGCAAGCUUGGAGACCCCAGCAUGCCUUCUCCGGGACAGGCCGACGAUCGAGAUCGAGAGAGGCAGGGCGCUGGUGCGGGUCCCGCCGACGGGGUUCCAGACGGAAGAAGAAGACGCUCGCACGAGCGGAGUACUGAGGGUCCGCGUUCGUCACAUCGCGACGGUAGCAAUGAAGAACGCGGAACAGGCAGGCCUCAUUUAGGAGACGCAGACGACGGCCGCCGCGGGGGGGCUCGAGGCAGAGUUUACCCACUGGAGGGCCGACUAGGAAGAGCGGUGGGCGGCUACAUGAACGGCGAGGCGGAGGAUGCUACGAGUCUCCAUGGACGAGAGAGAAGAAACUCCAGGGACAGAGGAAGAGAGAGAGACAGAGGACCAGGCUCUUCUCUCCUCGAUCUACCCCACUACCCAGGCGGCGGCGGACCCGACGGUGACGGGGAUCGCGGACGGGGCCGAGACAAACGGGGACGAAACAGAUACUCGCGAGGCGGAGAAACGGCCAUGAGCAGCCGCAGUCGCAGUCGAAGCCGAGGAAGUGACAUGGGCGAGAGAGCAGUGUACUACCCAUCGAAUCGGUUUGACGAAGGCCUCUUAGGGCGAGGAGACAUGGGAGACAGACGAGGAGCGGGGGCUUUCGACUCCAGGGGAGUAGGCGCUGACUCAGUCUAUCACCAUCACUCUAUGCAAGGCCGACGGAUGGGACCUGGUGGCGAUGCAGGCUACGGAAUGAUGGGCAGCAUGCCAGACAUGCCUCGCAUGCGCGGCGGAGUGCUGGGCGCUCCCCGCGGGGCGCAUGCCAUGGGGUCUGAGCGCGAUCGGUCUCCGUUCGGUCCUAACAAGAGACAAAGGAGAUACUACGAUGAGUACGGGUACCGGGGGAGCGAUCGGAACCCCCGGGGGCCGUCGCCCGAUCCGAUGGUUGGGCGGGGCCGGCGGUCGCCGCCGUUCUCGGCGUACCCCGGGCGGAGCUACGGCCUCGACGAACACCGGCUCGGAGACAAGGUGCAGCUGAUGGACGAGGAGGAGCGCGAAGGCGGCAAGGGGCUGAUCCGCGCGGCUUCGGGCCUCCAGGGCUCGUUCGAAUCGGACAGCCAUUCUCCACCACAAGCCUCUGGUGGCCGCAGAAGAAGUAUGAACAGACAGCGGGGGGAGUCCCGGCGAAGCUGCAGCCGCGGAAGCCUGGAUGAGGACGAGUCUGAGCGGCCGACCGCGGGGAAGAUGGGGACGAACCGCGGGGAGGCAGGCGGCGAGGACGAAGAAUCUGGACAACUCCUCAUGGUGUGUCGAGUCCUUAAACAGGGUCAACGGCUCUGCAACAUGUCCGCCAAAUUCGUUCGCGGGGACCCCAGCAUUCGACCGCCAGGCGUUCUGGACGUGAAUCAGCGAGCGAACCUGGACCGUUUGCAGACGCACCUUCGAAGAGGUCGCCAGGGUGGCUCGGCUCCGCACAGCUCCGGCGAAGGCUCUCUGCGUUAUUCCAUUUGGCAGCUGGGGGCAGACACGCGGCAAGACAGUCGCCAGUACGAUGAACUGUGCGAUUAUUUCAUAAACAAGGAGAGAGUGGGCCUGCUCGAGAGCCCCAGCCAAGCGAUCUACAUGGUUCCGCCGAACCCAAAAUACAUCAAGCCGCUGGAUCUUCCCGAUGCAAACUUCAUGUACGCAUACGUGAUUGCCAAGUGAUUUUGGAAGUCAGAGAAGAGCGAAGAGGAGAGAAGGGCGGCGAGUGCCGCGGACUUGGAUGGCAACGGGGGUUAGAGCGAUAGACAGGGGAAGGGGUGAAGGAGAUAAAUCGAACUGGAGACCAAGGAGAAAAGGCCACAGAAAAGUGUGGCUUCACAAAGAAGACAGACUGGAGAAACGAGGGUAUAUCGCAUAUGUUAUUUGGGGCAGAUAGGAGAUGACAGUUGGGGGGGGGGUGCAGGUCUUGCCGCACCACAGCUUUUGAUGCGUCUUUUUUAGUGCAUGUCUUUUUCUGAGUUUCCGCGAGUGCCUCAUCCUCCAAAUGAUGCUCAAGAUUGCCUGUUCUGUUUCUCGCAGUCCUUUGCAGCAGCUUGCCGUCCAGUGCAGUUUAGUGCUGUCUCACUGUGGUACUUCUUUGUGGAGUUCUUGCUCCAUUUCUUCGUUGGAGACACCCUUUCCAGAAGUCCAGAUAGAUUUCCGAGAGAGAUCGAAGUUCUCGUAUCUCUCACUCUCAGUCUGCUUGAAUUCUUGCGUGCCUCUCACUGUGUAGUCAUUUUCUUUUCGAUAUGUUCGUAAUGAAACCAGUUUUUUCUGGGAAGUUCUCUGCAAUUCCUCGCAGCCGGUUUUGUACGCGCGACAAGUUGUGACAGAGCUUCGGGCGGUUCUUAUCGAAGAGAAAAGAAACUACCGUUCCCUGCCCUUCUGAACAAGGGCGACAGCUGCGUUUUGAAAAGCUUCUUCCUC